AGUCGCAGGUGUGCUCGGAACUACCUUCGUUUUCCCCCACUCUUUUCCACUGUAUACACACUCUCUUUCCCUUCCCGGCGGCUCCUAGACGUCUCUCUCUCUUCUGUAGAUCGUAACUGCUGACAUACACCUGUCGCACGUCUUAGUCGACACACUGAACGUAACGAUUGAACGAAGAUAUUUGUUAAGUGUAAAAUUGUGAAGAAGAAGAAGAAAAAGAAGAAGAGGAAGAAGGUGCGCGCGCUUACGAGCGCGAGAAUAUCGAAGGACCUCGACUUGGGUACGGAAGGCGGUACAAAAAAGCAAGUUUACCGCGAUACCGUGCCGAAGGUGACUGAGAGAAGUGUUCUUGAAACGAAAUAAACCUCUUUCCCUGUCUCACAUACACACACACACACAUACACAUAUACAUAUACACACGCACACACACAUACACACACACACAUAUACUUCUCCCUCUUUUCUUUCGGUUCAGCAAUGAAAGGAUACCGUAUGUUUGGUAGAAAGAAAAGCGAAAAAAUAUUCUCAUCAUAAACGAUCGAUCGCGCAGUUUGAUCGAACAUUUUUCAAAAAAUCGACCAUGCCUUUGCCUCUUCCGCGUAACGCGAAUUCGUCGACGAGAAAACGUUCGCGACGUAGAAGUUUAUCUGCGAGGCGCCUCAGCUUCGCGGAGGAUCGUGAGGAAGGAUAAAAAAAAUUGAAACAAUCCUUAUAGAAUAAAAUAUCUUACAACAUUAGCCUUUGAGGGAUUAUUCUCAAAGUACGAAGGAAUAGUGGAUGAUUUAUUUAUUAUCAAACGAACGCUUUUUUUCCAAUAUAGAGUUUGGCCGGGUGUUAAUUUUUUAAAGGAGAAAAAGAAAAGGAAGAAGAAGAGGAAGAAGAAGAAGAAGAAGAGGAAGAAGAAGAAGAAGAGGAGGUGUGUGGAGGUUAGCGGCUUGCAAGACUGAAUAACCGUGGACCGAACCGGUCGGUUCCAUUCGGUCCUGUUCAGUCGUUUCGUCAACGACGAAGAAGAAGGAGAGGGAGAGGGAAAAGAAGAAGAAGAAAAAGAAGAAAAAGAAGAACGAUGAGCGUUAGGAUCGUCGUAAGCGUGACGGAAAUCGCGGAAAUGAACCCCAAGGAUCGUUACGUCGUCGAAGGGAUCGCACUUUCCACCGAUGAUGUGAGAGAUGACGGGACACAAGACCACGAAAAAGAAUCCGAUUCCUUGGAAUUAUCGUUGCCUGUCGAUCAGCCGGUCGACAGCGUUUAUAUGAUAUGUGGCGUGCUAAUAGCUAUGGUAUUGGUCGGUGUUAUCAUCGUCCUACUUGCCGUAACAAUCAGCAAACUAAGGAAAAGGGAGGAGCAUCAUUCAAAUGUCGUUCAUCCCGAGAAUGACACUGUCGUACAAACGGCAACGGUCUCGGCAUCCUCAGCGACGAUUUCAACGAUCGUCUCCACAUCGCCAUCGUCUCAGCUGGGCAACGAGCGAUGCUUGGCACAGGUGACCACCGGCGAUGGUACUUCCCCUCCUUCCCCCACCGCCGUAACAACGGUCACCACCGCCACCACCACUACAACCACCGCUACGAGCAUCGAGCACGACGGUGCUUAUCCGAUUGCCAGCACGCAGGACCAAUUCGUCUGGCAGUUCCCGCCGCCUUACCCGCCACAGCAAUAUACAUUGUCCUAUAACGACCAGGAUGCUCUUGUACAUACGCUACCCGCGGGCGGUAGGCCGGGAUUUGCAAAAGGCUUUCGUAAAAACUUUGGUGGACAUUGGCGUCGUUUAGUCAAGAGGAAACCAGAAACCGAGACUUGUGCCAUUCCACCGGAACUUAAGGAUCAACUAAAAACGAUAUACGUUUAUUGACCGACCGUACAGAUGAUACCAAAUCGUACCUCCAUUUUACCGUUGACCUUCCAAUCCGAUAAAAAACAAACGCUUUUUUCGUAUCAUAAUUCGUAAGAUACAUCGUUAUAUCGAUUAAUAACAUUAAGGGAUCGAAUUUGAAAGAUUGUUUAACGAAGCGAGAUCGAAAGGAACAAAAAAAUAUGAGGGGAAGAGAAAAAAAGAAGUCUAAAACAACAAAUGCAGGACAGGUCAAAAAGUUACUUCUCAUCGAUUACUCUUUUUCAGGCUUGUAGUUAGUCUUAUAGUUUUACAAGCUAGACUUGUAUUUUUACGAUAUAAAGGGAAAAUAAUUAGCCUAAAAAGUUUCAAAAAAGAGCAAUCCAUUUUUAUUAUCAUCUAAGAACUUUUGAUCCAAUCCGCAUAAACAAUGAAUCAUCAAGCGAGGGAUAACUUUUUUUGCUAGUCCAAGUUAGAUAUUUUGGGAUAAUGAAAAAUUAAAAAAAAAAAAGUAAUCAGAGUUAUUGUUGUGAAAUUAUCAACAGAAUAAUGAAAUGUUUAAAUCAAAACAUAUCAGAAAAAGUGCCCAAAAGAAAUAUCUCUAGGAUGUGAAGCUCCUAUUCGAACUUGAAUAUCGUGGAAACCUGAAUUUACACCAGACCAUCUAUCUCCAUUCACCGAAAAGUGCCUUUUUUAAAUUCUACUCUCAAUCAUUUUAUUCACGAAUGGACACGAAACGUCAUUCAUAUAAUAGUCGUGUGUCGUCUUCCCAUCGUUCGAGGAAUCGUAACACGCUGAAAUUUCUGGACUAUAAGCGCAAAUAUGAGGAAGAUGAGCUUCGUUAAGCGAUGUAAAAGAAUUUUUAUGAGACUGAAAAAAACGUUAAAAGAGCUACGACAAAACGAGUUACAUCGUAGCUUUUUUCUGUCUGUGUAUGUAUUUUACUAUUGAUCUAUAAUAGUAAGAGAUAGAAAGAGAGAGUCACUCAACUGAGAAUCACUUUCACAACGCACUAGUAUUAACGUUAUUACCUGAGAAAUAUAUCUAAUGUCUAAUAUGUAAAAAAAAAAAUAUGAUGAGCGGAGCUAUAUUAUUAGAGGUGAAAGAAAAGAUAAGAAAAGGGAAGAAGAAUAAAUCUCCUAAAGCAUUUUCUGCUUCUCUCGCACGUGUCUCUUCGAAAAAAAAAAGAAAAAAAUAGAAAAAAAAAAGAAAAAAAAA